AUGAAGUCAGCCUGUGAUACGAACACUAAUCAAGAUGGAAACCCCGUUGAAGAUGCCAAGCAGCAUGACGCUGUCAAAGAUGCGAUGGAUUUUCUUAGUGAAUACCUACUUGAUGUGUGGGUAAAGAAGUUCAAGAGAGAUAUGGGGGAAGCUAUCAAACAAGCAGUGAAGAUCUACGUCGCUACGAUGAGAUCAAAGGCUAUCUUUUUUGUGAAAUGGCCCGGAGGCAACUAUGAUAAGGAUGCUUGCAAGUAUGAUCCAGAUACGACGAUAACUUUUUCAAGAUGGGGUCGAUACCACUUUAUCAAGCUACGGCGUUGA